UGUCCUGCGCUCUGAUUGGCUGCUCAGGUCUGCGGUUCGAGUUUAGCAUAAAUGAGACUACCGCGCCGCCUGACAGCUGAAACACUCUGAACGCGGUGAAACUGAAGCCUGGAGGAGGUUGAAUUCAGAGUUCAGCAUGUCCUCACGAGUUAACGCCGACGUGGACUUGGAGCUGGGUGAGCUCCUGCAAGAGUUCCAGGAUGUGGUGGAGGAGCUGAAAGCCCCUUCUCAAAGCAAACAUUCCUACCAGAACGUCCUGCACGAGGCCAAGAACCGCACAGGGCUGGGGGAAGACAAUACCGUGGAGGAUUCUGAUUAUGGCAGCGAAGCCUCUAUGGGGAACAGCUUGAAUGCCAGUGAAGAGGAGCUUCACACAGCGGGCUUAACGCUGGCUCCGAAAGCCAAGCUGGGAGACACCAGCGAACUUGAGAGCUUCAUUAACAUGUUGGACCAGGAACUUGCUGAUAUGUAAAUAGAAAAAGAGAAAUUUCCCCCCGUGAGCAGAGACCAGGAUCUACAGCUGAACCAAUCUGAUGUGGCAAAGCAGUUUACCUUCAAAAUGUUAAAAAGGACACUCCAAUUCAAGCGCCACAUCCAGCCGAUUUCCACCCCGAAGCAUCAAGUUCAAGUUAUAUGACACAUUUCUGAAAAUAGAUAAAACUUGCAUCUGUCCAGGCCAUGAGAAAACACUGCCUCAAGUGGGGGCAGAUUGCUCACGCCACAUUUAAAAUUCCCACAAGCAAAGUGCCAGUCAGCGCUCGUCAUGGCCGUGUUUUUUUUUUUUGUUUUUUUUUUUGGAAGGAAUGAUGGACUUUUUUUAUAUUAAAACAACCCUGUAGAUCUUCUAUGUCACUGACAUGCAAAUAUUCCAAUGUACAGUUAUUGUUGUUAUUUUACUAUGUUGUACAUAAUAAAUAAACACAUAAAUAAAACUAAAUUACAAGUUUAUCUUAUAAA